AAAGGACAGGAAGUCUUAUCCCUAACUGGUAUUUCUAAAUACAAUAGCAGCUUUUCUUGUUCCUGAAUUAAGAGUUUGUAUUGACUAUUUUUGACAGUGAAAAGGAAGAACUACAGAGAAAACAAAUUAUGAGAGUAUUGGUUAUUGGCCUUGGAGGUGUAACAAAUGGGGGGAAAACGACGCUGGCAGAAAAGCUUAAGAAAAUGCUUCCCAAGUGUGAUAUAAUCUCUCAGGAUGACUUCUUUAAGCCAGAGUCUGAAGUAGAAACAGAUGAACGUGGAUUUAAGCUAUAUGAUGUUCUUGAUGCUCUCUAUAUGGAUGAAUUGGUGAAAAGUAUUCGCAAUUGGAUGAAAAGCCCAGCAAGCUCAGGUGUUUCAACAGAGCUGCAGAGUCCAUGUGACAAUCUGAAAAAUACAGAUGAUGUUUAUAUUUUGAUUGUUGAAGGCUUUCUUCUAUACAAUUAUGAGCCACUUAAUGAACUAUGGAAUCGAAGAUAUUUUUUGACGCUUCCUUAUGAAGAGUGCAAAAGGAGAAGGAGCACCAGAGUCUAUCAGCCAGCAGAUACCCCAGGUUACUUCGAUGGACACGUAUGGCCUAUGUAUCUAAAAUACAAAAAUGAACUGGAAGAGAAUGCAAGUAACAUUGUUUACUUGGAUGGAACAAAAUCCCAAGAGGAGCUUUUAACCAGUGUGUAUAGUGAUAUAAUACAAGAACUAAAAAAACUGAUGGAAGGAAGUCCGCAGGUCACAGAAUGAUAAUUUAGGAAGCCUGGGUUCCAUUUGAUACCAAUUGAAAAUCCCAAGAUUCAGACUUAGUAAGCUGACCAACUGAGCAGAUGCUGCGCGUACACACAAUGCAAGUGGAUGUAUAGCACCUAUUGACUAAGCCUCAGAUAUUCCUGAAUAGUAUCAACAGUGCAGUUCCUUUAAUCAGUCAUGCUUUUGUCGAUCUUUAAAUCUGAUUGAAUGUGUACAUUUUCAAGAAUAUAAACAUUUUUUGUGUACAAAGAUGCAGCUCUGUUGGAUUAAUAAUCCUGUUCAAGCACGAAUGCAAUUUGAAGUGUUCAUAUAGGAGUGACAGUUAUUACAUCUAAUAUUGUUACAAGCCUCUAAUCACUGAUAGAGGAACUAGCUAUAUGCCUUGACAAAAUUAAGUGUAAGGUUGUAUAAGCUGUUACACCGCUUACUCAGUAAGUGAAGCUGGUACUGAAUACAUCAGAAUUGACCUUAUUUAGACUUGCUAAAUACCUCUGUGGUGAAUGUCAAGUAAUCUUUAUAUGGUGAACUGUGUGGAACAGUUCACGACAGACACUUUAAAAUA